GUGGCCAACUUCUUGGACUUCAUCAACGAAGAGAGGAAGUGCGGCGACGACACCGAGGCCGCUCGCAUCCUUGCAUCUGAACAGGCAGCAGCGGAGCAGCAAGGACAACAGGCUGAAGCAGCAGCGGCGAUCAACCAAUUAAGGAGGAUCGCCUGCACGACGCUGCAACAGCGAGAGAUGGACUACGUGGCGACACUCAGAAAAUGGCACUUUACGCCACGAACAACAACAGCAACCCGGCGGACGCAGAGAAGACCAAGUUAGAAAUCGCCAUGAUGACUGCACAGCUCAUAGCAAUGUGCAAUUGGCAGCAGCAGGAGCUGCAGCGCUUGGCGCAGGUGAUUGACAGCAACCGGGACCAACAAGAUGGCACCAACCGAGGUUUUCACACCCUCUUCGAAGAAUUGGACAACACGGAUGCCGCCACACCUAGCGGCGAACCUCUAGUCCACCAGCCGUCCAUGCGACAACUGGAGCAGCGGAUCGACCAUGUGGUCACCACCAUCGGCGACAUUGGCACGUUCACGGAACCAGCAAUGAUCAGUCACCAGAUUGCUUCGUUGACCAGCAGUCGCCGUACGCUGCAGCAGCGACCAUCGGGUAGUGUCCAGCAACAUCCGUUUAAGAUGCCAAACUUCAACAUUGAGAAGUUUGACGACUACACCAAGCAGGAGCCUCUCGCAUGGUGGCAAGGCUGUACCACGGAACUAAGCUUCCGCGAAGUCCCCGACCAUCUCAAGCUCGCGGCACUCUACCUCAACACCACUGGUGUGUGCCAAGUCUGGGUCAACCACCUGGCGGUCAAGGAAGGAGUCAAUAUGGACCGCCUUCACACCAAGUUGGACUGGGACACCGUUGAAGCUCUGUGGAAAGCAUGCUUCAUCGUCCACGACGAGGUUGCCAGGGGCAUCAAUAAAGUUUUCCAAAUGUAGCAAGGGAGCCAGCUGACGCGCAAAUGGUUACCGAAUGGCAAAAGAUUGUUGCCCUUCCGGAUC